AUGGCCAUCAAGCUCUACGGCUUCCCGCCCUCACACGCAACGCGCCGCGUUGCGCUCAUCUUCAAGGAGCUCGCCCUCCCGUACGAGCUCGUCCCUGUCGACAUGCUCAAGGACGAACACAAGGCUGCGCCGUAUCUUGCGCACCAGCCGUUUGGCCAGGUGCCGUACAUUGACGACGGAGGCUUCCAGCUCUUCGAGAGCCGCGCGAUCGCGCGCUACCUUGUAACGAAGUACGGCGGUGCGGGGCAGACACUGCUGCCAAGCCGCGCGGACGUAGAGGCGUCGGCGCGCUUCGAGCAGGCGGCGAGCGUUGAGCUGAGCAACUUCGACCCGUACAUGAAUGCGCUUUCGUGGGAGGUAAUCUUCAAGAAAUACGCUGGGGGCACAACCGACGAGGUCGUCGUCGCCAGCCUCGUCCAGACGCUGAACAGCAAGCUGGAUGCGUAUGAGAUCCUGCUGUCGAAGUCCAAGUACCUCGCCGGUGACACCAUUACGCUGGCAGAUCUGUUCCACCUGCCGUUCGGGAACACGCUGGGACUCAUGGGUUAUGACCUUCUCACGACCGAGUCCAGACCAAAUGUCGCCAGGUGGUGGAAAGACAUUAGCUCGCGCCCAUCAUGGCAGGCCGUCAAAGAGCAAGCAUGA